UCCGUUUUCUCUCCCUUUCUCAAAUCUCAUCUUCUUCGUCCCUAACUAUCUAUUAUAACAACAAUUAUAAUUUAGAGUUGUCUUUUUUUUGUUCUUACGAAGAGAAAAAUUAUGGGUUUUCCGGUGGGAUAUACGGAUUUAUUCCUACCCAAAUUGUUAGUCCACUUACUAACCGUUCUCGGUUUCAUUAGAAAGUUCAUUUGCGCGAUUUUCACUGUUUUUGGUUUAGGUGAUUUCCUCGAACCUGAAAUGUCGUUUCCGACCCGACCCGAAUCUCACUCGGAGCUCCAUUCAGUGUCGGCGGCGUUGAUCCGGGAGUUACUUCCGGUGGUGAAGUUCUCUGAGCUGGUUGACCCGCCGGAGAGUUGCGCAGUUUGUUUGUACGAGUUUGACGGAGAAGAUGAGAUCCGACGGUUGACGAAUUGCCGGCAUAUUUUUCACCGGAGUUGUUUGGACCGUUGGAUGGAUCAUGAUCAGAAAACUUGUCCACUUUGCCGGACGCCAUUUAUUCCGGACGAUAUGCAAGAGAGUUUUAAUGAGAGAUUAUGGUUGGCUUCCGGCAUUUCUGAUUUUUACGGCGAGUAUUCUCCGGUCGCCGCCGGUUUGUAGCACUUUUUUUUUUUUUUUUGGUGAUUUGGAUUUGAUAGUUUUAAAAUGUAUAUAUACUACAAGAUAAAAAAAAAAGAGGGGGAAAAUGAUUUUGGAGGAAAAAGUGAAAAAAGUUAUUGUAUAGUUUCUACAAUUUUGAGAAUAUGGAAUGAAGAUAAAUAGUUCUAAUAUUCAAUUUUAGUA